AAGAAAAGAAAGAUGAGAAAAAAGAUGAUAAGAAAGAUGAUAAGAAAGAUAAGAAAGAUGAUAAGAAAGAUGAUAAGAAAGAAAAGAAAGAUGAGAAAAAAGAUGAUAAGAAAGAUGAUAAGAAAGAAAAGAAAGAUGAUAAGAAAGAUGAUAAGAAAGAUAAGAAAGAUGAUAAGAAAGAUAAGAAAGAUAAAAAGAAAGAUAAAAAGAAAGAAAAGAAAUAGGAAUAAGAAGAGGAAGGAGAAGAAGAAGGUGAAGAAGAAACUUAUGAAGAUAAGAAAUUUAGAUCAUGCAUUGAUGAGAAAUGUGAAGCAUAAACUAAAAAAUGUAACCAGACUUGCAAUGCACAAUUAGAAGAAUGCAAAGAUAUAGCUUAUGUUUCUGGUUAUGAAGCUGUAAGAAUAUAAAUUAAUUAUAGUAUAUGGAAUGCAUAGAGGAAAAUGAUCCUGCAAAAGAACUACUCGAAUGUGUUUAAUCUAAAUGCAUGUGAUCAAGAUAUUUUACAUUUAAAUAUAUUCAUAUAUAAUAUUUAAUUAAAAUAAUAAAUAAGAUUUUUAAAGUAAACUAACAGUUCUAAGAAAAUAUAUGAUUUGGUGUGUAUAAUUAAAAUAUAGCACAAAUACAAUUAAUAGAUUUAUUUGUCAGAACUACAAUCUUUUUAUUUUUUUUUUAUAUUUAAAGUAAUAAAUAAUGCAAGCUAUACAAUUGCAAUGGCACAAUCAAUUAGACUACAAAGAAACUUUCUAUCUAUAAGUUGA